ACAGGAUACGAUAUACGUGGCAAAUUCUCUCUCAUCUCUCCGAGAGUUUGUUCCAGAAGACACCAGGAAAAGUUUGAAAACACCAGGCUAGGGUUUAUACCUGUCGUCUACAAGUGUGUACGGUAAACCUUACGUUCCACAAGCGCGCAAAAGAGGUGCCCUGUGUCCUUUCAACCUUUGUGCCAGCAGUACUAGUCAGCAACCGUUCCGAGCGACGCGAUGCCCCGCCUGGUGGUCGGUGUUCUUCUCCUAGCGGCCGUCGGGCUGUUGGGUCCCCGUACGGGCUCUGCGGACGAGCACGGCGACGAGGUGCACGGACACGAGCACGAACAUGAGGACGAACACGCGCACGAAUGUCCGGAGGGUUACGAAGAACACGAAGGACACUGUUACUACUUCUCCACGGAGAUGGAGACUUACUCCGGGGCCGCCGCAUUUUGUGAGGCGCAGGACGGACGUCUGGCCGCGCCCGACUGUCAUGACGAACACGCGGCCGAGUUCUUCUACAGAACACACGCCUGGAUCAGUCCGGAUACAGAGGAAGACUGCGGCAGUGGACACCACAGACCAGAUGACCUGCUGCCCUUCAUCUGUGAGCACGCACCAACAUGUGACGAGGCGCCUUUUCAGCCGAACACCUUCAUGACCGGGUGCGAGGAGCCGUAUGACCAGCAGGAGAUCUGUGUCUACUCAUGCUCGCCGGGGUACCACCUGUACGAGGGGACCGUCUCCUCCGCCGCCGCCACAUGCCUGGACGGGAACUGGCACGGACCCUUCAUGGCCUGCAAACCGGACUGCCCGGAGCUAGAUCUGAACGAGGGAGUGGAGAAGAUGGGUGAGAGCUGCGAGGCGCCGUACAUCACCGGCGACAUUUGCUUCUUCCAGUGCAGCGACAUGCAGGAGCCGGUAGAGGGCGACCACGACAUGUCGUGUUUGGAGGGGAGUUGGGUCCACGCGGCGACAAACUCCACAGGCAUCCCCCUCGUCUGUCCUUGAGAAGAGCAGCGGGAGAAGCACAUCUGGUGGGACAGUCGGAACCUAUGCAAAACAGCAGCACGAGCGCCACACCACCUGACUGGACACUCCGGUGCUCAGAACAUGUAGAAAAGUUUAGCCUCAACUUAAAGAUGUACUGAUAGAUAAGAUGCCAUC